AUGAUAAGUCACACACAGGGUAACCUGAUCAAGGCGCUGGUCAGCGCAGGCGUGGCGGUACCUGAAGAAAACCUCAAGUGUGACGAACCCGAGGCAGCAGACGAAGAGGGCAUGCCCGAUGUCGUUGAGGCGCGCCUCAAAGGCAUGGCCGUGACAAUCGCCGAGCUGACCAGCAGGGUGAACGUGAACGCUGUUACCAUUGAGGGCCUGGAAGCCAAGGUCGAGUCCUUGGUGAAGGAAAUGGCAGAGAGGGAUUCUACUAUCACAAUGUUGAUGCAGGAAGUGGCCGCACUGAAGGAACUGCUCCAUCCACGGGCUGUGGUCGCCGCUCGUAGUCACGAGAAAGCUGCAAGCAGCCCUGCCCCUGCGGCUCCAGGCUUGGGAAGGGAGCCGACCAUUUCUAAGCCACUUGCUCUCGCUCAUGCAGGACUUGCCACGGCCGAAGCGGUAGUAGUAGACCUCUUUGCUGCACCUGCUACUGCUCAAGCACCUGCCGCACAUGCUGAUGUGGCGACUGGUGUCCAGGAACCGCACCUCAUAAACCAACAUCCAGUCACAUCGAGGGCAGGGCCAGGGAAGACGGGCCGUGAUGCUGAGCUCGGGGAAGCCCAUUCGGAGCGGACCGCAUUCACUGGAGGCAGGCCGCGGUCAUCCAACUACACAGGGGUACGUCUGGAUCCCGAUACCGGCAAGUGGGUGGCGGCGAUUGGGCUCACGAAGGGUAGGUCUUACUCCACCCCGUUGGGAUCAUGGGACUCAGAGCUGGAGGCCGCUGAAGCGUAUGCUGCUGCCGCGGCGGUGUUACGGAAAGACUGGCGUCCCCCCCGCGGGGAGGUGAUAACUCUGAAGCUCGCCGACCGGGCCAACAUUGAGAAAAUGACUCAUGCGGAGGGGACUGCGCUUUUGAAGGCCAGGGCGUGGCACAAAUGGCGCACGUGGCGAGAGGAGCUGUAUCCCACGUCUGUCCUCGCAGGCACCGCACCAAUCCCCAUCUCGCCACCCGCUGGCGAGAACGCGGCCUCAGAACGUGUUCCUGGGGCUCCAGGAAAAGCAUCGGCUAUGGUAGAGGCCGGUGCCAGGGAGGUUGUUCCAGGGGAGGAUGUUGCAGCUGCCGAGGCAGUGAUAGCAUCGAUGACAGCUGCAGGGGGCAAUGGUGCGGGCGGUCUUGAUGAGGGUGAUCGGGCGGCGAAUCCAGGAUCUCAGGCUCGUUGA